CACUAUACACUCUCGCUCGUCGUCAUCUUCGUUCCAGUGACAGGCGCUGUGAGAAAAGUUGAACGAUUUUCUUUCAUCAUUUCAACGAAUCAAGAACCGCAAAAGAUUGUGAAAGAAUACUAUAUAAUAUCGAUCCAGAUUGAAAAGAUGAAGGGAGGAGUGAGAGCAGGAUUGGCAGUGAAGGCGAUCGUUGUGGUGAUAUUCACAUCCAUGUGGUUCCGUUGCGUCUCUGCUUUUGCUGCUGCUAUCAACACCAACCACUCUGUUGGCGGAGCUUCGGGUUGGGAUCUCUCCUCCAACCUCCAAGCAUGGGCCACUCACGCCACUUUCCAUGUCGGCGACUCUCUUGUGUUCAGGUACACACCGGUGCACGAUGUGCUGGAAGUGAAGAAAACAGACUACGAUAGGUGUCACACAGUGGACCCAAUGGAGACGCACGACGAAGGGGAGACAGUGAUCCAGCUGAGGGAAGUAGGAAACAGGUACUUCAUAUGUGGGCGGCUGGGACAUUGUGCUAUGGGCCUCAAGCUCCAUGUCCAAGUUUUCCCUGCACAGCUUAUGACUAAUAAUGCAACCUCGCCCACUGCUCCUCCUCCUACUACUUCUGAUCAUCAUCAUGAUCAUCCAAACGACAACAACAACAGCAGCCAUGGGAUGAUGCUGCCUUCUCCGCCGCCUGCAGAUUCUAAUUACUCCAAUAAUAAUGAUGCCGUAGCAGCCAAGACUUCUUCUACUAGUACUACUGCUGGUACUGCUGCUGCUGCUGCUGCUGCUUUUUUAGUAGUUGUCUUCGUCACUAUGCAUGCAGUUGCAGAGCACUCUGCAUCAUAG